UCCAGUUCUCCCUCGCCUGUCGACACUCCUGUUACAUUGAUCCUCAUGUUGGCCAAGAAGGUGGUCGACCAGAAGGCGAAAGCACUCUCACCUGUUGGCCCCUUAGUCAAGCUGGUCAUCAUGUUGGCCAAGAAGGUGAUCGACGCGAAGGUAUGUGUGGACGGCUGACUAGUACAUCGACGGCUCGCAGUCUGGAGCAACAGGCCCUCCCUGUCAAGCCGGAGAUGGUCCAGGAGGAGGUUGAGGUUGGGGUCGUUCCCGAGGAGGGCAUCCAGACGAAAGACCAGGGCAAGGCAAGGAGAAGGCGAUGGAGGAUGUUAAGGUCGACGAGGACAACAUCGACGGCAUGCCUCUCGAGUUCAAGAAGACAUGCAGCCGAAUGGAGGAGAAGAAGCCAGAGCUUGGUCCCGUCAAGAAGGAUGUCUCACCUGCUGCUGGCGGCCCUCGUACGAGCUACAACUAUGAGUCAGUCAACCAGCUGCUCCAUAAGCAGGCCACGGCGAUCUCGCAAGCCAACCAUCUUCAAUCCCAUUCGGAGUCGUGCAAGUCGGACUCUCGUCCCCCCAUCGCCACCGCCAGGAAACCACAGUGCCCUGCAGUCGGGCCUGCCCCAACUGGACCGUCUGGUUCUCAUGGUCCAGUCGAUUCUGAUAGUCGCCACGCUGGUGGCUCUAGUUCCUCUCAUCUCGCUAGUCACUCCGCUCGUACUUGUCGUAGUUCAGACCAACCGGCUCCUCGUGCUUCUGGCUUUCUUUGCUACUGGGAAUCGCACCGCGCCUGUUAGCGGUCGUCCAUUGCGACAAGCCUUGCGGGGUUUGAACACUAUGGAAGUGUUCUCCCUUUUCCUCUCUACCAUGGGGAAGGUUGAUCAGUUCACACCUGCGCAAGACCAUGAUCAAUCGACAAGGAUCAACUUCGGCGUAAUCAAGUCGAUCCCUCCAUAUACAGAUCUAGGGUAUGACCAUCUUAUGAAGGAGAAUCCUUUCGAUCCAGAUUCUAUGCUUUUGCUCGGUGAGGCUGUCAAGGAUGGUUAUAUGGCGAAUCAUGGCCGUCCGCUUCUUGGAACCCAAUAUCAGCAUGGAUCGGAUGAUGUCAAGAAGGGCAUAAUUGCAUUCGCCAAAAUGAAGUUGCUCAAUGAGAACAUCGUAGCAAUCUAUUCAGAGAAAGAGGAUUGCAAACUCAAGUCCCUCGACACUCUGCUGACUUCUCAGCAGAAGUUUGCUUGUUUGUCCCAGCGACUUGCGCUCCAGUUCCACUCAAUAAACUAUAUUCUCCCCGAGGAGCGGGAGCAGGUGGAAUCGCAUAUGCGCAUCUGCCUGGAGGUCGAUGAGAGAUCGAAGACGAUGAAGUCCACGUCGGGCUCUGAACCUCUCUUGGCUGAGGCCGCAGCAGAGUUAAUGCAAGACUUCGAUCCUGUCACUGCUCUUGUACCAGUCUUGUCAGGUUUCUCCAUCCAUGUGGGAGACCGAGGUGACCUUGUAGCCUCAGCUAUUCUGCUCCUGCAUCGUGAUGCCAUGGUCAGAAAGGCAAUUGAGCAUGGGAAGGGGAAAGAGGAGGCCCGCGUCGUCCCUUUAUUGGAUUACCUCACCGCCCUUUUCCCCACCGCCAGGGAAGACAUCCUCAAGGCUCGGCCGUCUGGCGGCAAGGUGCCGACGUCCAAAAAGUUCACAUUGAAGGACGAUCUCCAGGGUGCUUGCUUCCACUUCAACCACCAGUUCGAGGUACACGACGACGGCGUUGUCAAGCGCGUGUAUAUGGUUCGAUUCCACAGCCGCUCAGCCAUGAUAAUUUGUGGUAACUGUCAGUCGGGCAUCGUCGACCUCAUGUUUGCAUUCUGUGCUUCCAGUCCAAAACUCUCCAUCAAUAACACCGGCUUGGUCCUGGUCCAGGUCACGCUUGAUUCUCGCGACACGCACGAGCCUGACUGGAGCUUGCAUGACCUGAUGGAUCCCGCACGCCUUCAGUUGUUCGACGGAGAGGAGCCAGAGGACCACAAGACACCUGUUCCUAUCAUUCGCAUCGUCUUCGCUUUCGGCGCUAAGACGGCGGCGGUGCACGUCCGACCACAGCCACCUGCUGCAGAGCGUGCAAAAGAUGCACGGUUCCGAACGUAUGACAUCUGGUGCUCUGGAAUGAGCAGCAGGACACUGGGACCGGUGAACAAUAUCAGCAGUUGGGAGGCUCUGUUGGCGCGUGUGGACAUUUGGCAUUCGAUCUAUAGUACGAGCAAGGUCGGUCAGGACGGGCGUCAGUUGGUCUCCCCGAUGAAGAGCAACUUGAGGAAGCAGCAGAUGAUGGGAGCAGCAGAAAUGCCAGCAUUUUUCAGCCAGUGGGUCGAGGAUAAAAGAGGCCUUUGCCCCGACAAGCCACCUAAGACAGAGCGAAGCACUAGGUCAAGGCCGCAGAAGUAGCUGCUAUGUCGCAAUUGUGGGCUGUCCGUAUUCUGAUGUUUCGCACCGUGUUUCAUACGUCUCAUGGCUGCAUGGACACGGACGACUUGACAUUCGGACUAGAUCUGGAUGGAAUGGAAUGAAACGGGUCUUUGUAUCUGUAUCUCAAUACGUUGAAUAGAAUGAAUCAUACAAUGAGGGA